AUGGCUUCCAACUGUGAUACUCCGCAGGAUCAUGAUCCCAGCAGAUUAAUUAUAAAAGUAUGGGAAUUUUUUGCAAGUGCUGCAAGCGGUUUAUGCCAAUUGUAUAAAGGCAAAAUUGAUCACUGUGCUGAUUUUCAAAAUUUACUGGAUACGCUGUCUUCGAUUGAAAGGUUCUAUAGAGGAUCUGAGAAUUCUGUAGAAGCUGCACUAAGCUAUGGAAAAAUUGUCGGUUCUCAAUAUCUACGCCUUCAUUUGAGAGAUUUAGCUUAUGAGAAUAUUCAAACUACUACAGGGGACAAUGGGGUUGAAGUUUAUGUGCCUUUGGAAUCAUUAUUGCUUGGGAGCACUAAAACACUUGGUCGUUCCAGGAAACUCCAAAGAAAGCGUCCACGCCAUUGUGUUUAUUGUCCUCGUUUAUCUAAGAGAAUUGCUUUGGAUUAUUGCGGUCACAAGCGUUGUCGUAAUAGAUGCUCUAAAAACAAACAAACAUUCUUUCCUGUUAUGAACACCGUCUUAGAUGAUUCAAAUUUGUAUGGCGUCAUUGAUGGUCUCAAUGGAGAUGGAUCUAUCAGACACAACGAUGAAGUAGUAAAGUCGAUAGUGCCUAGUUCGUUACCAGCAUCAAAAGCUUUCAUACCCCCUAUCAGUUCAUUCGUCAAUCAUUCAAGCAUUUCACAAUUAGUUUGUGAUGGAUUGACCCAGAGAAGGAAGCGUCAUCAUCGCAUACUACCUAGUUAUCAAGUAGCGAAUAACCGUGUCUGUAAUUCUACUGAUUAUCAUGAUGAAUCAAUCAAUCGGGAUCCAUUCAAUGUCUUUCAGGAUGCUGUACAGAUCAUAAAUCUUCUUGAUCCGCUCUCCAAAUUUUCAGUGACCAGUAGCACUGGGAACUCACAAAACUCGUUCAAGCGUCCUCGUAUUGAAAGUUCUACUUCUUCCAAGGAUGACUCGAACAAUAUAUUACUAUGA